AUGGAACCACUAACUCCCCCCUCCGUGAGUGAACAAAGCCAUUAGAAAAAUCACUAUUUUUUGCCCAAAAACCCGCUCAUUGAGUGAACAAAAUUUUUUUUAUGGGAAAAAUUUGAUAUAUAUAUAAGUGAUAACUAUUAUUAUGAUGUCUCGAGCUAAUUCUGUUUAAUUUUAAACAAAUUGCGUUUUUAAAACAUAAAUUUUACAAAUUAAAUUAAUAUUUGCCUUCCAAUUUCGAGAAGUCAGAUUUUUAAAAAAAAAAAUUAACCGGACGGUAGUAAGAAAAACUCGAAAUCUCAACAUCACGCCUAUCACAAUAUCGCCCAAAAAGACUGAGAACCCUCCAAGUUCUUCUCCACAUAAGAUUCCUAUCACUCUUACACCAGAUAAAUUGUAAGUCUUAUGCAGGGCAAGAAUUCCUCCAAAAAUUCCUCUUCAAGAUAUAGAGGAGAUGGCAAAAGCACGUGUUAUACAAAGCAACCUAGUAUAGCACAAGCCACAUUUUAGAUCUCUAAGACAAUUACUUUUAAAUAAAAUAUAAUAAUUUUAAAUUAAGGAAAAAUCUGAAAAGUCAAUUUUAGAAUUGACAAGUGGAUGCAUAUAAUGACAUUUUUAAAAUGAAUUUUGACUUUUUAGCUUUUUUUGGAAUUUUAAACUAAGUUUUUAUUUGAAUGGCAUUUUUCUUAAAAAUCUACAGGGGAGCACCCGCUAUAUAUAUUAUCAACCUUCCAGUUGCAACAGCUGAUGAAGAGUUGCUUAGGAGUCAAGAAUAUUUUGGUCAGUAUGGAGCAAUUAAGAAAUGCGUAAUUAACAAAGGGACUGCUUACACAAAUUCUCCUAACGGUCCUAGUUUUGGAGUCCACAUCACGUAUAACUUAGAUGAAGAAGCUGCAACCUGCAUUAAAGCCUGCAAUGGCUAUGAGCUAGAUGGCAAAAAAUUAAGCGCUACUUAUGGGACAACAAAAUAUUGCACCUAUUUUCUUAGAGGUAGAGUGUGUUCCAAGCCAGAUUGUUUAUAUUUACAUAAAUUAGCCCCGGACUAUGAUACAUUAGCUAGAGAUAGCAUGCCUCAGAAUAGGCAUAUCCAGCCCAAAGACGCAAAAUUUGAUAGCCUUGGUGUAAGAAUUUUCCCACCUGAUGGAAAUUAUAAAUUACCGAUAGCCAGAGUUAUUAGAGAAAGGGCUGCAAGUGAAUCGAUAAACUUGACACCAGUUAAAUUAACUAGACAAAGAAUUUACUCAAGAGGAGAUGUAGAGCAAGAAGGAAGUCGCUAUAAUUUUGUGGAAGAAACUGAAGAAGAUGCACCUGUCUUGCCUGAUGUUGUUAAUACUUGAAGAUAUUUAGCAUCCCCAUGCCAAGAUCAAGUAGAAGUUCCAGCUGAGCAUGUUGAGGAACUGAUGAGUCCUUCAAGUCCCGAUAAAUGGGUUUGUGAUAUUUUUGACGUAUCUCCGUUACCAAGAGAAGAAAAUAGCUUUGAUGUUGAUAAGGUGCUUGUGUCUACGAAAAAACCAAGACUAAACAGUUUCGCAUAG